AUGGAGGCUUUUAACGGCAAACCUUCCUGGGUUACUGAUGUUGAUCAAGUCGAGCAGUGUCUGGUCGAUCUUCGUGCCCAAAUGGAGGAUCUGCACAAAAUGCACGCAUCCCGUGUCGGAUCGGUCUUUGGCAAAGACUUGGAAGAUAUGGAGGGCCGAAUCGAAUCUCGAACUCGCGAAAUUACCGACCAGUUCCGAGUGGCCGAACGCAUUUUGCAAAAGGUAGGUGUGGCGACUCGUCGGGCGGGUGGAGAGGAAGCCACUGUCGGUGCCAACGUCCAACGGAGCCUCGCCAAGCGACUUCAGGAGCUUUCCGUAAAUUUUCGACAGUCGCAGCGCAAAUAUCUGGCUGAAGUUAGGACUCAGAAAAGUGGUGGGUUGGUUCCGGGUGCAGACAGUCGAUUCGGCAUUGAUUUGCAUACAGAAUCGUCGGGUGAAUUCUUUACCACGCAACAACUAGCUGUCGUGGAUGACCUAACAGAGGCUGUACAGUCUCGAGAUACUGAGAUUGUAAAGAUUGCACAGUCAAUUGAGGAGCUUGGAACAAUUUUUAAAGAACUGGCGGUUUUAGUUAUCGAUCAAGGGACGAUUUUGGAUCGCAUUGACUAUAAUAUGGAAGCGGUUGUGGACCACACUAAGACAGGCAUCAAGCAACUCGAAAAAGCAGAGAAGCAUCAGAAGAAUGCUCGCCCAUUACGAUGUAUUAUCUGCUUAAGCUCGUUAAUAUUUGUUCUUCUCGUAAUUCUCGUUCUCAAACAUCGGCCAAGGCGUGGUUGGUUUUAA